AUGAACUAUUUCACCAUGAGAGACGCGUUUGCAGUUAUCUUCUUAGCAGUUUGUGUACACGGUUGUCUUUCUGGAUGUAAUGACCGAAAACCGAUAUCAUACUACAACUCGGCAAACAAUCAGAUCUUGAAGAGGCAUGGUUUUCAGCGGAAGACUGUAUCUUCUCCAGUGCUGUGUGGUCGAGACUGCGCCAUCAGCCCCCAAUGUCAGUCAUUCAACUACCACCCCAGUACACAUCUUUGUGUGUUGAAUAAUGCAACCAGAUCCAACAACCCUGAUGACUUGGUCCAUCUCCUGGGAAGUGUCUAUUAUGACGAGAAUGUGGACACUAAGUUUCUUAUAAAAACUGAAACUACAUCAAUCGACGAAACACCCACGAUUGCAGAUAGCUACACUCAAGCACCGUCGACAACAAUUUCCCCUGGCACUUCAGCAGAAAUGACGAAACAAGUCACAUCCUCUGCCGCUAUUGAUACUGGAGCACCGACGACACCGUCGGCAGAAUCGGCAUUACAAGUCACAUCAUAUGCAGCUAUUGGCACACAAGUACUGACGAAACCUAUUUCCCUUGACACCGAUGUACCAUCAUCUGCUGCUAUUGACAAUCAAGCACCGACGACAUCAAUGUCCCCUGACACCAAUGUUACACCCUCUUCUGCUGAUGACACUCACGCAACAACGACGACGACACCAAAGUCCCCUGACACUUCGGCAGAAACGACAUUACACGUCACAUCAUCUGCUGCUACUGAUACUCAAGCACUGACGACACCAAUGUCCCCUGACACCGAUGUCACAUCCUCUGCCGCUAUUGAUAGUGGAGCACCGACGACACCGUCGGCAGAAUCGGCAUUACAAGUCACAUCAUAUGCAGCUAUUGGCACACAAGUACUGACGAAACCUAUUUCCCUUGACACCGAUGUACCAUCAUCUGCUGCUAUUGACAAUCAAGCACCGACGACAUCAAUGUCCCCUGACACCAAUGUCACAUCAUCUGCUGCUACUGAUACUCAAGCACUGACGACACCAAUGUCCCCUGACACCGAUGUCACAUCCUCUGCUGCUACUAACACUCAAGCACCGACGACACCAAUGGCAUCUGACACUUCAGCAGAAACGACAAAACAAGUCACGUCAACUGCAACCUCCAAGAGCUGCAAAGAGUUACUAUUAUCAGGUACUGACAAUGGACAGUACACAAUCUACCCAGAUGGUCUGCUAGAGGGCGUCCCGGUCUACUGUGACAUGGAGACCGACGGUGGAGGCUGGAUCGUGUUCCAGAGAAGACAAGAUGGCUCUGUUGACUUUUACCGUAACUGGGCUGAAUAUCAAUCUGGUUUUGGCGACCUCAAUGGUGAGUUCUGGUUGGGCAAUGACAUUCUGCCACUUACUGCCUACGGAAAAUGGCAACUGCUUGUUGAAAUGGAAAACUGGGACGGUGGGAAGUUUUGGGCGGCUUAUGGAGAGUUUGCUGUUUCCGGUAACCUGUAUACUCUGCAUAUCGGCUCAUAUGACACGAAAAGCACUGUUGAUGAUUCAAUGCUUUAUCAUGACGGCUAUCCAUUCACAACAAAGGACCAAGACAAUGACAAUAUCAACUUUAACUGUGCAGUUAGAAAAGAAGGUGCCUGGUGGUUCGAAUCCUGUUUUAAAGCACACCUUAAUGGUAAAUAUUACAACCACAGCAGAGUUGGUGACGGACAGGGAGUUCAGUGGAAGGCAAUCUCAGGUGGCUUUUACUAUUCCUUGAAGAGUUGCGCCAUGAAAAUAAGGGAAGUGCGUUAA